GUGGUUUGUGCGUUGCAUCGUCAAUGUUUCUUCUCCCUCUCUCGUUCGGAGAAUUCUGUCUUUUGCGACACUUGUUUUGGGGGUUGGGUCAUGUCACGGAUUAAACAACCCUUUUCCCUCUUCCAAUACGGAUAUUGCCUGCCAUCCAGGUUUUAGGUCGGCCCAGUCUGUCGGUGGCAGGACUGAGAUGAAGUGCCCAUCCCAUACGGAUGAUUAAAUUCUUUAACUUAUAGCGGAUGGUUUUUCUCUUAUACCCACCCUCCACUUGGACGGGAACCCUUGCUGCGUCUGACGUAGGUUCCUCCUCCCUGCUAAUCGCGGCCACUUUUCGCCCAGCGCAACACUUCUUUCACGGAUUGAGGGGAAACCGGUUCCCCAACUCGGGCUGCCGCCCCCUCGCCGCGGGUGCCUGCCCGCCCGUGUGUGGUUUGUCGCUCUGGCUUGCAGCCGUUGUUCGAGUCCAGCCCAGUCCGGUCCAGUCCUUCCAAUUAAUUCCUCAAUUGCUCCACUUAGCAACUCGUGCAUCUCGGUGCACCUCAUUCAACAGUGCCUUUGCCCUCGAGUGCCGUCUGUGCAUAUAUGUUGGCGCUCGAAUCGAAUGCUGCAUUGUGCUGAUCUAGACCUGUCGGAGAGCCCUGCUGCGUUGCUUUUUGGAUCGUUCAGUGUCUUGCGACAGCUUCCAGGCCGUGCAUCUUCUGGAACAAUAGUCCAAAGCCGGGGCUGGUGGAGUUCACAGAUCAAAGACCCGACCCGACCCCAGGAGCAGGAGGGGAGGGCAGCUUCCAUUCCUUUAGUUUAGGUUAGCUCGCGGACGGCAAAGAGCCGGUGAGAGCUACCUCUACCUCUACCUCCGUCGGACCAACCCCCGACUCCCAUCCUCAUCCAGCCCUUCAGCCUCCGUCGGCCGCCCCUGCGCCUCCUCGAUUCGUCGUUAGCUAGCGAAGGCUCCCCCUGCUCGCUUCAGCACGAACCCAGAGAUCCCAAAAGGGCACAAAGAAUCACAAGCAAGGAGGAGGAGCAAACCACUAACAACAAUACUUUACUACCACCCCCUCCUUCUACUGCAGGCUCGAAGUAGCCGGCCAACAUUCCAAGCUGGCAUUUAUCAGUCCAUCGACUGAACCAUUCCUUGGUUCAGCUGCGACAUCCACCACUACCUUAUCAACCCCAGGGAAUCGACCCGCGAUAUUUAAGCCCUUUGACCCCCCC